AUGCCUCUCAAGCUCUACGCCAACUUCAUUAGCCAGCCAUCUCGGACCGUGAUCUGGGUGCUCAAGGUCAAGAACGUUGACUUUCACCUUGUGGAGAUGAACCCAGGCACGGAUUUCUUCAAGACCGAUGAGUUCAAGGCCUUGAACCCCAAUCGCCUCGUCCCGGUCAUGAAAGACGACGACUACGUGCUGACGGAAGGGAUGGCCAUCCUGAUGUACCUGAGCGACAAGUUCGACUGGACGGGUCCAAAAGACCUCUAUCCAAAAGACAUCAAGGUGCGGGCCAGGAUCAACGAGUUCCUGCACUGGCAUCACACCAACACGCGACUCUUCACGCUCAACAUCUUCCGCCCGGCAACUGCCAAGAAAAGCAAUAGCGCGACGGACAAAGAUUUAGAAGCUCUAGACGGCAUGGAUGCUCUCAUCGAGAGGGUGUUUGGCCUACUCGAGGGGUUCUUGUUUUCCAAGUACCCCAAGGUGGCAGCUUGGAUCGGUCGGAUGAAAAAGACCGCGCAUAAUGAAGAAGUUCACAAGACGCUGGAGGGCUACAUUGCUAAGCACGGUCUACAAAACUUUCAUGCGUAG